CUCAAGUUUCAAGGAAGCCUGAGCUGGAUGGAGAUGACAUUUUUUCUUCUCCUGCUUAAUGUACCUUAUCCCCACAUUUUUCUGUUAUCCAUCCUCGUAUGUCCCUCUGCCAGCUAGAAGGAACCCUGGGUGGAAGCUACUGCUUGUUGCAGUGGUCUAGGCAGCAACCUAUGCGUUUUUGUUUUUGUUUUAUUUUGUUUUGGCUGUUUAUUUAGUUGACUUCUAUGAGGGAAUCUGACAAAGAGCAACUGUUUGUUGUUUUAUUUUCUUUCGUGUCUUUGCCUGAGGAGCUGUGCCAAGUCCUGACAUCCAGUACAGAACAUGUUCCUCCUCCUGCUAAUUCUGAGCCUGGAAAUGCAGCUUCAUCAGACAGCAGCUUUAUUCACAGUGACAGUCCCAAAGGAAAUGUACACCGUAGACUACGGCAGCAACGUGACCUUGGAGUGUGAUUUUGACACUGGAGGUGACAUGGAACUUAGAGAUUUAAAAGCCAGUUUGCAAAAGGUGGAAAAUGAUACAACUUUGCUCAGUGAAAGAGCCACUUUGCUGGAGGAGCAGCUGCCUCUGGGGAAGGCCUUGUUCCACAUCCCCCGAGUUCAAGUGAGGGAUGCAGGGCAGUAUCUCUGUCUGAUCAUCUAUGGGAUCGCCUGGGACUACAAGUACCUGACUCUGAAAGUCAAAGCUUCCUACAAGAAAAUAAACACUCGUAACCUUAAGGUCCCAGGGACAGAUGAGGUAGAGUUCACCUGUCAGGCUGAAGGUUACCCCCUGGCAGAAGUGUCUUGGCCAAACAUCAGCGUUCCUGCCAAUACCAGCCACACCAAGACUUCAGAAGGCCUCUACCAGGUCACUAGCGUUCUGCGCCUAAAGCCACACCCUGGCAGAAAUUUCAGCUGUGUGUUCUGGAAUCCCAGUAUGAAGGAACUUACUUCAGCCAUCAUUUACCAAGGUGAUGUGGAACCUUCCAAGAUCCCUCCAUCUUCACUGCUUCAUAUUUUCAUCCUCUUCUUCAUCAUUGCUUUAAUGUUCAUAGCCACAAUGAUAGUCCUAAGAAAACGGCUCUGCCAGAAGUUCUGUUCUAGAGAAGAUACAACAAAAAAGUUCUGUCACCACAGUAAGGAGGGACAUGAGUAGAGCUAUCUGAACCUGUGGUCUCAGAAGCUGAGGUGACCUGACAGGACAUCCUCAAGAAGCUUCUGGACUUUGAACAAGAACCAUUUGGCCUGCAGAACUUACUGUUUUUACUUUUCAAAUGCCUUUGUGUAAGCCAGCACUUUAAUCUGGA